AUGGCGAAGGAAGUAAUUACUAGGACAGCACGUUCCCAGCCUGAUAAAAGCCAAGACCAUCACAAUGACAGAGAGAAUGACAACAAACAACAUGAAUCAUUCCAUCCGCGCCAUAUCACCCUAGAGACAUUCCACAACCUGCUAUCCCACUACCCAUCAACGGUAGAGCGAGUGCACCUCAACAAGCUGAGGCUGAAGCUGCAGUCAAAGGCAGGGAAGGGACCAAAACGAAAAGCGGGGACGAAGGUUAGCAUAGCGCCGACCACAAAGACGGAGCUCGAUCCGUCCGAGGAGAAGCGUAUUAUCGAAGAGAGGGAGAAGUUCCUCCAGCUUGACCGGUGGCGCUAUGAAGUUCUGCCGAAGAUUAUCGCGGAGCGGGCGAGUGAGGGUGGUCAGAAAGAAAGCGCGCCGGAGGGAGCGCACUUGCUCAAGGAGGAGUUAAUUGAUAUCAUGGAAUGGAAGACGAAACAUGGUGUUUCCCGUCCCAUGCUCAUGGGAAUGGUGAAAAGCAACCAAGUCGCAACGAUCACCAAGUCUACAUCUACGGCCUUUGCCACCCUCCCAGAUGCAGACCCUGUAAUUGCGCCGAAUGAUGCAUUCCCCAAAGCCAGUUUGGACGCUCUUACUGCGCCUAUCCGUGGCGUCGGCCCAGCUACUGCAUCUUUGAUUUUGUCUAUUGCCACGGUCUUCGGCGAUGCUAAGAAACAAGUGCCCUUUUACAGCGACGAUGUGUAUCUUUGGCUUUGUCUGACGGAUUUCCCAGAAGGUAUACAUUGCAAAGAGCAGAAGCCUUCUAAACACAAGAAGCCCAAUGGGGAGUUGAUUGUCAAGUACAAUAUGAAUGAGUAUCGAGAUCUGUGGAAUGCCUCACAGGAGCUGCGAGCACGGCUUAACAAUGGCGCUGGAGAAAGAUCUGUCUCCUUUAUCGAUAUUGAGAGGGCUGCUUAUGUGCUCCGCAAUAUCGCUGUCUCGGAUUACUAUGCCAACCAAGAACCCGAGGCUGGUCUAAAUAUUGUGAAAGAUAUUGAUUCGGUGAAUAACCAGCUACCAAAGGAAUCAAAGAUAGAUUCUGGCGAGCUUGGCACGAGGCGUAGUAAGAGGAUAAAGCAAGAAGCUACGUGA